AUGUCCAUAAAUCCAUUUAUUUCAUCUUUUGUUGCAGCAGCAGCUGCCGUCGCUUCUAUCGUUAUUGCUGCAGUUGUUGCUGCAACAGUUGCCGUUGUUGCAGCAGCAGUCGUCGUCGUUUCUGUAGUUGUUGCUGCAGUCGUUACUGCUGCAAUUUUUGCUGUUGCAGUUUUAGUUGUAGUAGUUGUAAUUGCUCUUUCAGAUCAACAAUAA